AUGGCCGCUGCAGGAGUCACCGAAAAUACGAAGCCCCGAGGCACGUUGAAGAGAGAGAAGUUGGAGGUAGAAGACGAUGAGACUGACGAUGAGACAGGCUCUCUUGCCUACCUGCCGCGAAAGCGCGCUGCCAGACACCGUGGAAAGGUCAAGAGCUUCCCCAAAGAUGACCCCAAGAAGCCCGUCCACCUCACUGCCACUAUGGGCUACAAGGCCGGCAUGACCACGAUCGUGCGAGACCUCGAGCGUCCCGGAGCCAAGAUGCACCGCAAGGAGAUUGUCGAGGCUGUUACCAUCGUCGAGACCCCACCAAUGAUUGCUGUUGGCAUUGUGGGCUACAUCGAGACCCCCCGCGGCCUCCGCUCGCUGACCACGGUCUGGGCCGACCACCUGUCUGACGAGGUCAAGCGCCGGUUCUACAAGAACUGGUACAAGAGCAAGAAGAAGGCAUUCACCCGCUACGCCAAAACCCACGCCGACGCGGCCAGCACCACCCGCGAGCUCGAGCGCAUCAAGAACUACUGCACCGUCGUGCGCCUGCUCGCACACACCCAGAUCCGCAAGACCCCGUUGAAGCAGAAGAAGGCCCAUCUGAUGGAGAUCCAGGUCAACGGCGGCAGCAUCGCCGACAAGGUCGAGUUUGCCCACGGCCUCUUUGAGAAGCCGAUCGACGUCGACAGCGUGUUCGAGAAGGACGAAGUGGUGGAUGUUAUUGCUGUGACCAAGGGCCACGGCUUCAGCGGCGUCACCUCCCGAUGGGGCACGAAGAAGCUGCCUCGCAAGACGCACAAGGGUCUGCGAAAGGUUGCGUGUAUCGGCGCCUGGCAUCCUUCGCAUGUGCAGUGGACCGUUGCGCGUGCCGGUCAGGACGGCUACCACCACCGCACCUCUGCCAACCACAAGAUCUACCGCAUUGGCAAGGCCGACGACGAGGGCAAUGCCUCGACCGACUUUGACGUCUCCAAGAAGAGAAUCACCCCGAUGGGCGGCUUCGUCCGCUACGGCGAGGUCAAGAACGACUACGUGAUGCUCAAGGGCUCGAUCCCCGGCGUCCGCAAGCGCGUGGUCACCCUGCGCAAGACCCUGUGGCCGCAGGUCUCCCGCAAGGCCACCGAGAAGGUCGACCUCAAAUGGAUCGACACCUCCUCCAAGUUCGGCCACGGCGCCUACCAGACCCCAGCCGAGAAGCGGGCGUUCCUGGGCACUCUCAAGAAGGAUCUUGCUUCGUCUUCGGCUCGACGGGCUCUGUCUUCUCGUCUUUCUCUACCGUCUCUCUCUCUCCGACUUGCUCUACGGCAUCAGUAUCGACAGUAUCGACAGUAUCAACAGUAUCAACUUCGUCAACUUUCGAAGAUGUCGUCCGACUCUGCCUACGCCGCGUUCCUCGACAAGGCCAACCAAGGCCUCGACAGCACCGCGGCCACAGCCACCGACAAGGCCGACAAGAAAGACGAUCAGGACUCCGGCUUCAUCGCGAGCAAGACGCUGGACGUCGACGAGCAGCGAGUCCCUCCCAGCCUGCGCGUCGACGCCUUCUACUCCUCCGAGACCGACGAGCCCUUUGAGCCCGUCGUCCUGGCCCUCGACCACCUCCCCUCAGAGGGUAUCCCAUCCCUAUCCCUAUCCCUAUCUCUACUCUACUUCUACGACUUCUACCUGGCUAUUGAAUGCUAA